GAGUUAUGGACCAGGAAAUAACCAAUCAUCGGAAGAAAUAGCAAAGCAUGUAGGGAAAAAAGUUGUAAGCAAAACGGCUGGUUCGCUUCUUGGUCCAGCUGCCUUACCGAUAGGGGCAGGUCUUAAAUUUGCAAGCGAAGGAUGA